GUCUAAAGGUCGAUGCUGUAGUGCAGUACAAAUAGUGAUUUUUAGGACUGCUGUCUUCAGAAACACUGAAAUAGUAAAAGUGAACCUGCUCAGGACUGACCUAAAUCGGGUCAAACGACUCAAAAAGAUUCAUUUACUCCAAAUCUGCAGUUUCUUGAUGUCUGAAUCAAUGAGCUGGAUGAUUCUUCUCUUAAUUCAUCUGACCUCAGCGCUCCAGUCACCAGUGUUUCUGGAGAGGCGUGAUGCUGUUCAUCUGCUCAGGAACCGAAGGGCAAACGUCUUCCUGGAGGAGAUGAAGCCUGGGAAUCUGGAGCGGGAGUGUUAUGAGGAGCGCUGCUCUCUAGAGGAGGCGUCCGAGAUCUUCCAGAGCAGAGAGAAAACAAUGGAGUUCUGGUACAAAUAUCAGAAUCUGAAUCUGUGUAGAUUUAACCCGUGUCUGAAUGGAGGAAUCUGCAGCGAGAGCCGCGGCAUUCGCGAGUGUCUCUGUCCUCCGCAGUACAGCGGGACGAACUGUCAAACAGAGGUGUUUGACUGUAAGUUUAAGAACGGAGGGUGUCUGCAUUACUGCAGUCAGUCGGAGCAGACGGCUGGUGUUGUGUGCAGCUGCGCAGACGGUUACCAGCUGGAUGAAGACGGACGCAGCUGCAGUCCAUCAGUGCAGUAUCCGUGUGGGAAGCAGUGGAUUGGUGGGAUCAUGUCUCGCUCACUGGAUGAUGUUAGCCUCACGGAUGCUGAUUAUGCAAACCACACCCACACCACGACAAACUCCUCCCACUCAUUACAUAAAAACAGUUCACUGGUAAACACGACUCACAAGCCAAACCAAACCGAUCCAGCAUCACAGGAGCUGUCUGACACAGGAAGUGACAUCAGCGGCGUGAACGAGGACUCACGCAUCGUCGGAGGUCAGCUGCAGGGUCAGGGCGGGAGUCCGUGGCAGGUUCUUCUUCGUCGUAAGGAUGAGUACGGCUUCUGUGGGGGGUCUCUGAUCAGUCAGCGAUGGGUCGUGACGGCAGCUCACUGUCUCCAGCAAACACCAGAUCAUGUGACCAUCGGAGACUAUGAUAAGAUGCGUCCAGACAAAGACGAGCAGAAGAUCACGGUGCAGAAGAUCGUCGUCCACCCACACUUCCACGACUACACCUUUGACAGCGACAUCGCUCUGCUCUAUCUGUCCUAUCCGGUCACUCUGGGGCCCUUCUCCGUCCCCGUCUGUCUGCCCGAUGCCAACCUGGCCACGCGGCUGCUGAAGCCCGGGGAGCAGGGCCUGGUGUCUGGAUGGGGCUCCACGGGCUUCCUGCGGCUCUCCUCCCGCUUCCUGAGGAAGGUGGUGCUUCCUGUGGCCGAUCAGAUGAGCUGCAUCAACUCCACCGAGCACGUCAUCACCGACAACAUGUUCUGCGCCGGAUACCUGCUGGAGGAGAUGGACGCCUGCACAGGGGACAGCGGCGGCCCCUUCGUAGUCAACUACAGGGGCACCUGGUUCCUGGCCGGCGUGGUGAGCUGGGGCGAGAGAUGCGCCGCCGAGGGCAAAUACGGCGUUUACACCCGAAUGGGAAACUACUUGCCCUGGAUACGUGAAGAGAUGAUGAAAGAGGAAUCGGGACGCAGCCGGAGCCAGUCCACUACUGAAGCUCAAAAACACCUGUGACCCAACUGAAGGUCUAGAGAGUUAUACAGCAUCUGAAAGCUGAGUAAAUCAUCUUUCCAUUGAUGUAUGGUUUUUAGGAGGACUAUAUUUGUCUGAGAUACAAUUAUUUGAAAAUCUGGAAUCUGAGAGAGCAAAAAAAAUGAUAAAAUCAUCUUUAAAGUUGUUCAAAUGAAGUUCUUAGCAAUGCAUAUUACUCAUCAAAAAUUUGAUUUACAGUAGGAAAUUUACUAAAUAUCUUCAUGGAACAUGAUUUUUGGCAUAAAAGAAAAAUAUGUAAUACAGUGUAUUUUUGGCUAUUGCUAUUUUUAUACCCCAGAGACUUCAAUUUAUGCAUUUAGCAGACGCUUUUAUCCAAAGCGACUUCAGGCUAACAAUUUUUACCUAUCUAUUUUAUGAUUUAAGACUGGUUUUGUGCUGCAGGGUCACAGAUACGAUUUAAAAAAAAUUUUUUAUAUAUUUUAAAACAGCAAAAAUGUGUGAAUUAUAAAAUAUAUUUAUGUGAAUACUUUAUAUCCAUUCAUAUUUUUGGGCAUUUAAAAAAAAAAAAUUUUAAAAGAGCAAAAUAUAUUUACAGUGAACAUAAAUAUGGCAAAUUAUUAUUAGUAUUAUUAUUAUUAUAAAAAAAUAUCAAGCAGCUUUACAAUGUAAUCCAUCUGGAAUAUAUAUAUAUAUAUAUAUAUAUAUAUAUUUUUUUUUUUUUUUUCUUUCACAAAUAUCUUAUAUAUUUUAAAAUAAACAAAACAUAUAUUUGCUGUAUAUAUUUAUGUAAAUAUAUUUUCUGCAUAUGUUUGCCCAUUUUUUAUUAUUUGUAUAAAUAUAUGCAUAUUUUUAUUAGCCGUUAUGAUUUAGUUAAUGUAACAUACAGAUACAAAUAUAUUUCAACAUAAAAAGAAUGGACAAAACAUGUUUCAAAAUAUAUUUACAUAUCAUUCAAAAUGUAUUUUUGAAAGCAUUCAAGCAUAUAAAAUAUUAACUGAAUAACCCUUUUAUUUUAUUAAUGUGUUAGUAAAUGUUGAAAUGAGUGAAUAUUUGUUUCCAUGUUAGUUAAUGUGGUUUAUUAAUGUGCAUUAAUGGAAGCUUAUUGUAAAGUUUUAUCAAUGUUUUGCUUCUUAUGGUUCAAAAAAACAUAAUUGACCAGUAGUUUAUCUGACAUGCUGUGCUAAUUAUGCAAAACAAUAAUAAAUAUCUGUUCUGUAA